AUGAAUCUUCCAAUGCAGUCUAAGAAUUUGCCAAUAAUUGCGGAAAUAGAACAUGCAAUAAGGAAACUUCCAGGAAGUAAAGAAGAACAAACAAAACUAAGAACAGCCAUAAGUAAGGAUUUAAACAAAUUUAAAGUCAUGGCAGAUAAAUCAAAGCAAUUGGUGAUUAUUAAAAAGGAGGAAUUGUUAUCCAAAAAAUUAGAAAUAAUUUCAUCGGAUGACUAUGAAUUAUUACCAAGAAAUCCUAUUGAAGAAAUUAAAAGCAAUCUUACUAAAUUAAUUAAAAAAUAUAAGAAUGAAAUUCCAGCCAAUCAAGUUAAAAAUAUUUUGGACUUUAAUAAUGUAAGAGAACCUAAGUUAAAUAAUAUGGAGAAAUCAACCUAUAGUAUACAAAAUACAGAAGAACUAAUUAACGGAUUGUUAAAAGAGUAUUAUAGGCAGAAGAAAGGUAUUGCCAUGGGAUCGGUUAUAGGACCAAAAUUGGCUGAUAACUAUAUGAAUAAAAUAGAUGAAAGAAUUUCAAGUCUAACAGGUAUUAAAUAUUAUGCAAGAUAUGUAGAUGACAUAAUAAUAGUUUAUGAUUCUCAAAUAGUUUCAUCCAAACACAUUGAGGAAUAUGCAAAUAGAUUACAUAAAAAUUUAAAGUUUACAAGUGAAGAUGAACAACAAAAUAAAAUGAAUUUCUUAGAUGUCACCAUAAAAAGAGAAGAAACAAGUGUAUCAUUUAGUAAGUAUGAAAAACUAUGUAAUAAUGGUAAAACUAUUAACUUUAAAUCUUACUGUCCUUUAGAAAAUAAAAAGAAUGUCUUUAAUAUGGAAUUGAGAAAGAUACUAAAUCGAACAACUCAGCAAGAAAACAUAGACAUCGAAGUAAAACAAUUGUUUAAAAAAUUUCAGUUAAAUGAUUAUCCGAAGCAUAUUCUCUUUGCGAGCCAAAAGAAUAAGAUGUCAAACAUUAUCAGCAUAAUAAACAGUGAAAAUUCGCCCAGAGACCAAUUUAAAAUCGCCGGUGUCGUAUAUAGGAUGUCAUGUACAUGUGGAAGCCCAAAUUAUUACAUUGGAGAAACCGGAAGAAGAUUGGAGUUGAGAGUAAAGGAACAUGAGGCAGCCAUUAGACUGAGAAGAACGGAAUCAGCAUGGUUUUUACAUUGCAGAAAAUUUAAUUGUAAUAUAAAUAUAAAAAAUACUAAAAUUUUGUAUAGAAUAGAAAAUAACUUAGAAAGAAAAAUUGUAGAACAUUUCUGUAUCGCCGAACAUGUAAAUUUACUUAAUUUGAAUGCUGGAAUGAUUGUUGAUGCAUGCUGGGAACGGCUGUUGGGUAUAAAACGUAACCAACGAAUAACAUCCUGAUGUAUCCACUGAGGAGGCCUAGAUGGCGAAAUGCAUAUGGAUAAAAUUAAUAAAAUAAUGAUUGUUCCUUGCUACUUGUUUGUCUUGUUUUGGCUCAUAGAAUCCUCGAAGUCGGAAAUAGAAAGAGUAUAAUUUUUACUUGUUUUUUUAACUAAAAAUUUUUUAU